GAUCGAAGGAAAAAUGGGGAAAAGCAAUGGAAUCAUGAAAGAUUUAUUGGUUUAGUUUUACAUAGCUAUUUUAAAAUAUAAACAUAAACAUAUAACACGAGAAGUUGUUAGAGUGACUUUUAUAAACGUGAAAACAAAUAUGGCACUUUCAAACUCUUUCGAUUUUCUUGAUGAUUUGUUUGGUGAAGAAACGAACAGAAGUGGUUCCACAGGAAGCAUAUCCGAUCACAGCUCAGAUUCAGGACAUGGAAGUCCGUUUAGUACAACUGAAAACUCUCCAGCGGCUUCUUUUCCAUGGGAGUCUAAUAAAAAUGAUGAGUUUUGGGGAUCACUUCUUGAUGAUCUUCCAGCAGACAUUGGUGAAGAUUCAGACUCGUCUAUUGUGCCAUCUCCAGUCAAUGAGUCUAGUCUGCAUGAUGAACCUUUAAAUUGGACUACUGAAUCUUUUCUUGAUGAAGGAAUGGCAUUGGAGCAUAACCUUAUGGAAACAGAUUUUUCAACAAACAAUAUAAAUAACAUUACAGUUGAUUACAAUUGGGACAUGGACUUGUCACCAUUAAAGAAUGAGGCAGUUCCUAUGAAUAUGAUAUCGAAUGCAAUGACAAACAUCUCACAAAGUUUACCAACACCAGCCUCAGUUGCAAGUCAAGCAAAAACACCACACACCCAGCCUUCACCAGUCAUUCUUAAGCCAAUGACUUUGUCAAAAGAUUCAAAUGGUUUAAUCAAGACAAGUGACAUUAAAUCGCACAUAAAAAUUGGAAACAAUGUGUUUGCGAUUAUACAGAAAGGAAACAUUCUAACAACGCAUCAAGCUAAUCCUAUUAAAAUUAACCUUACACAGCUACCAGACAUAAAGAAAUCUACACCACAAGUUUUAAAACCCCCAGUUCGUCAUGUAAAAAUUGAAGAUCAUGACUAUGCUGAUGCUGAAGUUGACGAUGAAGAGAUUGAUAUAGUUGGUACAAGAGGAGUUAGCAAGGGUAUGGGACCAGGUUUAGUUCUGACGGAUGAGGAAAAGAAAUUGCUGGAGCUGGAAGAAGUAUCUAUACCUGAAGAUGUUGCAUUAACAAAGGACGAAGAGAAAGUCUUAAAAAAAGUUCGAAGAAAAAUUAAGAAUAAGCAAUCUGCGAUGGAGAGCAGACGUCGUAGAAAAGAAUAUAUUGAAAAUCUUGAACGUAGGGUAAAACAUUGUACAGAUCUCAAUCAUGGACUGAAAAAGAAGGUUGAAAAAUUGUCAGAUGAAAAUAAAUCACUUUUAUCGCAAUUGAAGCAAUUGCAGACAUUUGUUGCUGCAUCCGUCCAACAAAGUAAAUCUGCGCAAACUGGAACAUGUCUUGCUGUCUUGCUAUUAUCCUUUGCUCUGUUCUUCUUACCUUUCAACCCUGUUAAUUUUGGUGUUGACAAGUCCGUUGGUAACGUCAUGCCAACCGAUUCUCCAGGUCCCGCGUUCUUCCGUUCCCGUACCUUACUCGACAUCGAAGAUCACACCGAAUACGAGUACCAUGACAACGAAUCCAGUAUAACGAAUUUACCGACUCAAAAUGAUGCCGAUACCGGGAAUAAUUCGAAGUUAUACACAGAAGAAAUGCGAGCACACAUCGAACAUUUACUAGCUCAUGAAGAUAGUCAUCUAUUAGAAUCUAAGCUGAACGCAUAUAUUAAUGCGAACGACAGGAAAGACUUCGUCGAAGAAGACAAUGUGAAACUGAAUAAAGUGAACAUCGUCGAAAUACCAAACGACGAAAAAAGAGAAAUUUUAAGUCGUUAGUUUGUCGUUUGUCGCUAUAUAUUUAUUUGAUGAACCGAGUAUUUAGUUUUGUGCCUUGCUGACAUGAAAUGAUAGCGAAGUGAAAAAUAUUUAAUGUUGCGCCUUUCAAAUUUCAAUCAAGUAUUUCAAUAACCGCAGAUUUCGUGUCGUGAAUUUUUUUCUUUUCGUGAAUUAUAAAAUUACUCUGAAUAUUGAGUUGUUUUCUUAUAUUACCAAAGAAAACUUCGCGUUACGACUGAUCCCUUUGUACAGUAUUAAUUUGUAAAUAAUUCUCAAUGUUUCCGAA